UAUACUUUGCAGCCCUGGUUGGUUAUCGAUAAACAACUGCUCACAUAACCUGCUGCCGCACAUAAUUAAUUUUGUCCCCCGAAAACCGCAAAUACAAAAAGGAUGCACAUCACACGCCUCGCCAUUCGCCAGAUUUCGCGCCAAGUGCAGCUGCAUCGCAUGUACAGUGCAGCGGCUCCGGCUGCCGCAGUUUCUGGAGCUGAUAAACUAGUGCCUCCCGCGCCGGAAGGCGUGGUCAAGCCACCCAAUCCAAAGCUGGACUCCAUUGUGAACAACAUCGCCGCCCUCAAUCUUCUCGAGGUGGCCGAACUGAGCACGCUGCUUAAACAGAAACUGAACCUGCCCGAGACCGCAUUUGCCCCACAAUUCGCCGCUGGGCCGGCACGUGCUGCUUCUGCCGAGGAUGAGGAGGAGGCGGCGCCCAAGCAGGUCCAGACCUCCUUCAAGGUAAAGCUGGUCAAGUUCGACGAGAAGCAGAAGGUGGCGCUGAUCAAGGAGGUGAAGAACCUGCUCGAGGGCAUGAAUCUGGUCCAGGCCAAGAAGUUUGUGGAGAGCGCACCGACCAUCGUCAAGGAGGACAUCCCCAAGGAGGAGGCCGAGAAGCUCAAGGAAGCGCUGGCCAAGGCGGGCGCCAUCAUCGAAAUCGAGUAGGAUCGACGGUGACUUCGUUUUCUUAUUCUGCGUUUAGCUGCUAGUUAUUGUUUUAAUAAAAAGCCAGGCAACAUUUGCUGUAAACUUAA